UUUAGGAACGAUGCCCCGAGUCUCCCGAGACGAAUAUUUGGGCUGGAUAACAUUUUUCAGAUAACCAAGACCCCGAUAGGUCCCAGUGUUCUGGUUCUUCCACGUUUCACCUUACCAUGAAGAACCACGUGCCGUGGUUCCUUGCGCUGCUACCUUGGGUAGCAGGUACUGUCCUCGGCCAAGACAACACCAAUGCAGCAACUUCUCCGUUGGAGCUUAUGUCUCAGAUCCCACAAUGUGCUGUCUCUUGUGUCACGACUGCAUUUUUCAGUUCGGGCUGCGGACUAGACAACAUCGCCCCAUGUGUCUGCACCAACGUCACUCUCUUAGAUGGACUAUCAGGAUGCGUACAAUCAUCAUGUACAUGGCAAGACCAGCUUUCAUUGUCUUACAUAACAGAUGACCUGUGCCGCCCUUACCCCCACCCAUCUCGAGACACCGAAAUAAAGUUGGUUGUCGCUGUGUUGGCUGUUAUUACCUUUCCGAUUGUGAUAUUGAGGUUGGUCUCAAGAUGGAUCAUUGCAAGCCGUUUGGAACUUGAUGAUUGGAUGACGAUAGUCACUGCCGCCAUACUAGCCACCACUCUUGGCUGCGUAGUUGCGACUGCCGAUCUCGGCUUCGGGCUUCAUUACUGGAACGUAAACCCUGAAAAUGCUCAGAAGAUUCUUCAACUCUACUACGCCGUUCAAAUGCUUUACGUCGUCGUUUUGAUUCUGGCCAAGCUGUCCAUCAUUGCCCUUUUCGCCCGCGUAUUUCCCGAUCGCAACUUUCAAAUCAUCAACAAAUUGGUGUUUGUUUUCCUCGUUGGCCACGGAUUGGUCUUUCUCUUUGUCAUCAUGUUUGAAUGUACACCCAUAGCUGGAAUCUGGGACCGAACCCUCGAGCGGAAGUGCGUCAACGUCAAUGCCGUUGCCAUGGCCAGCGCGAUUCUCAGCAUCGUUGAGGAUAUCGUAAUCUUUGUUAUGCCUAUCCAACAGCUGAGCAGGCUCCAAUUGGGUUUCAAGAAGAAGAUCGCCGUGGGAUUCAUGCUGAGCCUUGGAUCUUUCGCAUGUAUCACUUCAAUUGUGCGACUACGCUGGCUCGUGUUGUUUGCUGAGUCUUACGACACUACAUGGGAUAACGUGGAUGUGGUGACAUGGAGUAUGGCUGAGAUCUCGUGCGCCUUAAUGUGUGGCAGUCUUCCCGCACUACGACCUCUUCUCAAGAAGAUUCCUGGACUUCUCACGACGAUACGAGGCACACGGCCAACGGUUGAAGCGAAAGAAACCUUCAACAGGGCGAGCAGCCGGCUUUCGUUCGGGGACAAGAGCCUUGCCAGUCCGGCUCCCGUCAUCACCCCUCGUCAUCGAUCAGUACCAUCCCCCGAGCCUUCGCCCUCUGAGGACUCUUUCAUGAUCAAGGUCCACAUUGCAGAGCAUCUUGAUCCGAGAAUGAAGCCAUUGCCACCGGCACCAUUACAGCCGCUUAGCUACCAGCCUCCUUGGAGAGAUAGCGCCACAUUGCAGACUCCAAGGACUCCGAUGACCCCGAUGAGCAUAAGGAGUAUCCGCAGAGAAGCCAUUUGAUACAGGAGGAUAGAGGUUGAUACCCCGGUUUUCGCUACAUAGAAUGAACUUGACAUUGAAUCGAAGUUCUUUUCCUACAAACAUCCGUCAGUUCUUUCUAAUCUGCGUAGGGAAUUAGGGAUUCGAGUCUGUAGUUUGUGGAGCAAGCUAAGCGUGCUGACACUGGCGUUGAGAAGUUGUUGAACAUUUGAGUUAAAUGAGCUGAAUCAUAACUUCCAAUUGUCAAAGUCAAAACCCAGCGAUAAUAUGCAGUAAAUCUCGCUCAGUUGAUGAGACGCUGAAGAACA